CGCCUCAGAUCGAGGAAGAGGAGGAUGAAACUAAAUAAUGAAACUUUAACCCCCUGCAGUCCCAUGUGCUGUCUGGGAACACGGAUUUAAAGUACCAUCGUUGGUGGUUUUCAGUCACGAUGGACGAGGAAGACACGGCUGGGUUCCGGGAGCCCUGCACCGAGUGUGCGGCGGUGGACUGGGGCGUCUCAGAGGAAGGUCGCUUCUUCUGCAGAUCCUGCCACAACGUGAUCGAGAGGACCAAGGAGGUGGUGGACACGUCCUUCAACGUGACCUUCAGCAAGGUCACCAACAUGAGGAGAGGACCCCGCAACAAGGAACCAGAACAGGGUUUCCCGUGGAUGGUGUGUGAGGGCUUCCAGUUCAUCCUGCUGAACCAGGCCGACGCCCUGCUCAGGCUGGGAGUCGGGUCGCACUUCAAGGACGAGGUGCUGCGUCAGCUGUGGAGACUGUACCUGCAGAGGAGCCGCCAGGCGUACGUGCGCGACCCAGGGCCCGGCUCCGCCACCAGACUGCGGGGCGUGGUGUCGGACACGGACAGCAUGGUGGACUCCUGCACCUCGGCCAGCGAGUCCGGCCCACUCAGCUACGUCAGCACCGACCAAGAGGGCGUCAGUGAUUGGUCCGGCUCCACGGAUGGCGGUGCCUACCGGCGGGGCCGGCGGCGCCGGAACCACAAGCUGAUGAGCAUGAAGAAGACUCUGGCGCUGCUGCACCUGGCGCUGGUGUGGAGCCGGGAGGCGCUGACGCUCAGCGACCUGCUCAGACUGGUCAGAGACGGCUUCGUCCCGUACGUGAACGCCCACGAACAGCUUCCUGAGUGGAUGAAGCUGUAUGGGAAGGACGCCUUUCUCUUCCAGGUGGAGGAGGUCCCGGCCCACCACGUGGUGCACAGGAAGGCCCAGGCCCUGGCCGUCUUCCUGCAGCUUCCUGCCUUUCCUCCAAUCACGGCGCAGAGUCUGCUCCACCCGGCGCCGCUCAGCCUGCGCUACCUGAUGGAUGCUAACCUGCCCGACGAGCUGCACCCGUGGGUGUGCGCGCUGACGGAGCGUGCAGGUCUGGCUGAGCCGGCCCGCCUGACCUUCCACCCCAGGACACGGCCCUUGCUGCCGCAGUACGACGUCCAGGCCGCCGCCCUCAUCAUCGUCACCAUGAAGGUCGUCUUUGGCCUGGACGACCACAUUGAAUGGGACCUGUCCAACCACACUGGUCUCCGUGACGACGCAGGGGAGCAGUUCCACCUGAGGACCUGGUACAAGCUGCUGGAGGCCGCCCUGGCCCGGGCCCGGCAGAAGAGGGAGCAGGAUCUGGCCAGGAAGCAGUGGAAGUCCAAGAAACCAGUUUACGAUAGAAAGCUGGAAAAAUGCCGGAUCAUCCAAAAGAAAAGAACGGCGGAGCAGCUGCGGAGCUGCUUUCAGAAGCUGUCCUCCUGUCCGGUGGAGGUCCAGGGAGACGCUCCGUCCAGCUUCACGUUCCGCUGGGGGGACGAGGACGGCUCCGACGGUCCCAGCCUGCACCACCUGAAGCUGGGGGGGGUGGUGACCGUGAGACGCUGCGUCCAGAGUCCCCUGAACCGCUGUUACUGGCACCCGGCGCUGAAGCCCUGCUGCCACUGGAGCUGCGUCAGCCACCUCUCGGAGGUGGAGGCCACGCUGCCCCGCUCCUUCACCUGGCUGCUGCAGCUCUUCUCCUUCCUGCUGGACCUGCAGCCCUGCUACCUGUACGAGGAGGUGCUGGCCGUGGAGAGGAGGGUGUUCGGCCCCAAGACCCCCCCGGAGGACUCGGACCUGGACCUGAACCACCUGGAGCCCCGGGGACGGCCCCGGCCCAGGCCCAGGAGACGGGCCAGGGGAAGCCCCAGGGGCGUGGGCCGGGCCAGGGCGGGUGCAGGACCCCAGCGUCUCCACAGCCCUGGAUCUCUGUUGUAGUUACUCUUUUCCAGAUGUUCUAGAUCAGGGGUCGGCCACCCGCGGCUCUUGAGCCGCAUGCGGCUCUUAACGCCGCCCUAGUGCCUCCUCAAAAAUGUUUGACCUUUUUUUUUCCUUUUUUUUUCUCAUUUCGACUUGUUUCUCAAGAUUUUGACUUUU